AUGACCAAUGUUUUGGUGGUUGAAUUUUGUGAUGGUGGUGCGUUGAUUGAUCGCUUACGGUCGACUGAAAAGCCUGUGAUUUUGGUUUCAAUGUUGAUCGAUUAUGCACAGCAAAUUGCGAAGGGUAUGGCUUAUUUGGAAUCAAAGAACUGCGUGCAUCGUGAUCUCGCAGCACGAAAUGUUUUGUUGGCAAACAAUGAUCGUGUUGUCAAAAUUUGUGAUUUUGGUUUGAUGCGGAUACUGGAGAACAAUGAAAGACUUUAUGUGAUGUCAGCGCCGAAAAAAGUGCCGUUUGCAUGGUGUCCACCAGAAUCUCUGAGAUAUCGGCAGUUCUCACAUGCUUCCGAUGUGUGGUCUUUUGGUGUGACAUUAUGGGAGUUAUUUUCUUAUGGCGAGGAACCGUGGGUCGGUCUUCGUGGAGCCGAGGUACUCACAAAAUUAGAAGCUGGUGAACGAUUACCGAAACCACAAAGAUGUUCCGAUGAGUUAUAUGACUUUAUCUCGAAGUGCUGGUCUUUGGAAGCAAAUUUAAGGCCAAAGUUUAACGUUUUAAAAGGCAUCGUUUCCGAGAUAAUAUUUAUGGUAGCUGAAUGUCGCGAAGCUUCUACUCCAUCACAGGAUAUUGACUUAGAGCUGGUUGUUAAUGACCUUGUUAUCGUCAUUCAUAGAAGUGGUUUAAUUUGGUUUGGGCAGAACGUGAGGACACGAAAAUUUGGUUCAUUCUAUCGUUCAUCUGUACAUUUGCGAAAUGAACGUAGUAGAGCGAGAAGUGCUGAAAAGAUAAAUAAUCCGUUGCAGCAGGAAAAUGGGAUAGAUAAUUAUAUUUCUAAACCAGUACGAGGAUCAUUUAUUCAUGCUGGACAUGGCGACAUAAAUGUAGAACAAUCGUGGGGUCAACCAGAUUACAUCGAUGAUAUAUACCUGAAAAAUCCUAUUUUGAGGAAAGAGGAAUCUACUUAUGAUAGUGACCAGAGACAAUAUGGACCGGAAAUAAUUCCUUCUCUUAUAGACUUAAAACCACCUUCAUGGGUUCAAAACCAACUUAAGAAGAAUGGCACUGAUUCCUAUAUUGAUCCUUUCGGACCAUUUAGCGUUUACUCUUUCGAUGGUGUGAAUGACAAUGAAUCAUGCCAUCCUGGUGGUGGUACGACGAAACUUUUGUCGUCUUCUUUGGCAUCAAAUUUUUAUGAUGAACCACCAUCGAUGUCAUAUUCACCAGAUAUAAUGCAUCCGUCAUCCCCAGCUAACUUACGGGAACCAACUACAUCCAGUUUAAAUGUUUCAACUAAUAUAUCUCUUGGUACAACGGUAGCUGAUGAAAGUAUCCGUUUCUCUUCGCAGCCUGCGUUAGGAGGAAAGACUCCAAUAAAUUCACAGCAAUUUUCGUCAUUACCGCAACCAAUUCGAUUUACAUCUGACGCCGCAUCGUGCAAUCAGAUGCAUCGGUCAUCAUUUUCUGGCGCCGAUAUUACAGUGCAACCGUCACUGCAAUCUCUCACAACUGUGCAGUCAUUUCCUGCUUCCCAGUUACCUUCCACAUCGUGUUAUCAUUUCCAGUCAUCAUAUAAUGUACAGAAUAAGUCAGAAAGAGGAUGUCACAGUGCGAUUGAUAAAAACCAGGUGCAAAAUGGAAAAAUACCACCUCCGAGACCGAAACCUCCAAAUUUCAGACAGACGAAGCAGAAUAAUGUUCCGUGGGACUCAACUUCUGUGCUAACAAACAAUGUGUCGAGUACUUCCACUUCAAAUGAUGUUAACUCAUAUGAGAAUCACUCAUCUCCCUUGUAUUCCGGAAUAUCUACAUCUGGUAUUUCCUACAGUCAAGACAAUUUAGAUCCUUUUGAGAUUUCAAAGACUGUGAAAGAUAUUGCCAGUAAAGGAGGAUACAGUCAACUAUUCAAAGAUCUUUCCACAUCUACCAAAGCUGCUUCAGCUAGUUCGCUAAAUACAGCCUAUCAGAUGGGAGUAAAUCAAUCUUAUAAUACUAAUGAGCUGUCGAGACCAGCAACAAUGUUUGUUAAUAGUGAACGGUUACCGAACGAGAGCUUUUUUUCACCGCCUUUAUCAGGACUAACAAAGUCUCCGCUUGAUAUAGGAACAUGCUACUAUUGGCAACCCGGUUAUGCUAAACGACCCAUGCCUCAACAGUCUGCUUUAUCAUCAACUUAUGGAAGUACUCCUGCUUUACUUUACGACUCCCAUAGUGACCGAUUAAAUUUAAGUAAACCGAUGGCAAAUGGAGCAUCCUUUCCUUCACGACAUGCAAAUAACAGUUCUGUUGUGAAUUCUUCGAAGCAGAGGAAUUCUUACUUGAGUGACGAAAUUUUGGGUAUGUUUGACCCAUUAGUCGCGGAACGAGUAAUCCCUGCUUCUCCAAUUGUCGCAGCUUCAUCGGUCUCGAACUCUGAUCCUGUCAGCGCAGUUCUAAGAAAUGCGGCUUUUGCGGAUAGACGACGAUGUGCAAUAAAACUGCAACGAUACAAUAAUAAUAUUGAAAAAGCUGUGAAUGAAUUGAAAAUUGAAGAGCUGUUAUCAAUGGGUGUAGCGCAAGAUAGAGGUCAAGCAGUCAGUGCGUUAGAAGACUGCCGAUGGGAUCUUAAUGCGGCAGCAGCAGCGUUAAUAUCUUAAUAUACUGCAUAAUUGCGAGACACUGUUAUCUUGGAACGGAUUUUAGAGACUUCGAUCUUGUG